GUGGAUGGCGGCGCUGGACGCCCCGUCUUCAGCCUCCUGACGCUUUCCUCCCCCAAAGCCAUUUUAGUCAAAGGUCAUGUGUGUGUCUUGUCAAAGGCCAGCUUCCAAUGGAAUCAUUGUCCCCCGGGACAGCGGCCCCCUGACUACAUCUGCAUUGGAGAAAUCCCAAAAGCAAACUGCCCAGUGCAAACAAGAGCAGUCUGCAGCAGCCGCCCCGGGCCCAGCUCGCAGGUCGCGGGGCUGCAGCCGAGGCCGCGUUCGCAGAGCCCGGGCCGGAGCAGGCGCCGAGACGCCCGCAACAUGACCCGCCGCGCCUAUCGGAUAACAUCCCUGUUCACUUUUGCCAUUGGAGUCAAUAUCUGCUUAGGAUUCACUGCCCAUCGAAUUAAGAGAGCAGAAGGAUGGGAGGAAGGUCCUCCUACAGUGCUGUCAGACUCCCCCUGGACCAACAUCUCCGGAUCUUGCAAGGGCAGGUGCUUUGAACUUCAAGAGGUUGGACCUCCUGAUUGUCGCUGUGACAACUUGUGUAAGAGCUACACCAGUUGCUGCCAUGACUUUGAUGAGCUCUGUUUGAAGACAGCUCGUGGCUGGGAGUGUACUAAGGACAGAUGUGGAGAAGUCAGAAAUGAAGAAAAUGCCUGUCACUGCUCGGAGGACUGCUUGGCCAGGGGAGACUGCUGUACCAAUUACCAAGUGGUUUGCAAAGGAGAGUCCCAUUGGGUUGAUGAUGACUGUGAGGAAAUAAAGGCCCCAGAAUGCCCUGCAGGGUUUGUUCGCCCUCCAUUAAUCAUCUUCUCUGUGGAUGGUUUCCGUGCAUCAUACAUGAAGAAAGGCAGCAAGGUCAUGCCUAACAUUGAAAAACUAAGGUCUUGCGGCACACAUUCUCCCUACAUGAGACCGGUGUACCCGACUAAAACCUUUCCUAACUUAUACACUUUGGCCACUGGGCUAUAUCCAGAAUCACAUGGAAUUGUUGGCAAUUCAAUGUAUGAUCCUGUAUUUGAUGCCACUUUUCAUCUGCGAGGGCGAGAGAAAUUUAAUCAUAGAUGGUGGGGAGGCCAACCGCUAUGGAUUACAGCCACCAAGCAAGGGGUGAACGCUGGAACAUUCUUUUGGUCUGUUGUCAUCCCUCACGAGCGGAGAAUAUUAACUAUAUUGCAGUGGCUCACCCUGCCAGACAAUGAGAGGCCUUCAGUCUAUGCCUUCUAUUCUGAACAACCUGAUUUCUCUGGACACAAAUAUGGCCCUUUUGGCCCUGAGAUGACAAAUCCUCUGAGGGAAAUUGACAAAACUGUAGGGCAAUUAAUGGAUGGACUGAAACAGCUAAAACUGCAUCGGUGUGUCAAUGUCAUCUUUGUCGGAGACCAUGGAAUGGAAGAUGUCACAUGUGACAGAACUGAGUUCUUGAGUAAUUACCUAACUAAUGUGGAUGAUAUUACUUUAGUGCCUGGAACUCUAGGAAGAAUUCGAUCCAAAUUUAGCAAUAAUGCUAAAUAUGACCCCAAAGCCAUUAUUGCCAAUCUCACAUGUAAAAAACCAGAUCAGCACUUUAAACCUUACUUGAAACAGCACCUUCCCAAACGUUUACACUAUGCCAACAACAGAAGGAUUGAGGAUAUCCAUUUAUUGGUGGAUCGCAGAUGGCAUGUGGCAAGGAAACCUUUGGAUGUUUAUAAGAAACCAUCAGGAAAAUGUUUUUUCCAGGGAGACCAUGGAUUUGAUAACAAGGUCAACAGCAUGCAGACUGUUUUUGUAGGUUAUGGCCCAUCAUUUAAGUACAAGACUAAAGUACCUCCAUUUGAAAACAUUGAACUUUACAAUGUCAUGUGUGAUCUCCUGGGAUUGAAGCCGGCUCCUAACAAUGGGACCCAUGGAAGUCUGAAUCAUCUUCUGCGUACUAAUACCUUCAGGCCAACGAUGCCAGAGGAAGUUACCAGACCCAGUUAUCCAGGGAUUAUGUACCUUCAGUCUGAUUUUGACCUCGGCUGCACUUGUGAUGAUAACAUAGAGCCAAAGAACAAGUUGGAUGAACUCAACAAACGGCUUCAUACAAAAGGGUCUACAGAAGCUGAAACCAGGAAAUUCAGAGACAGCAAAAAUGAAAACAAGGAAAACAUUAAUGGAAAUUUUGAACCUAGAAAAGAGAGACACCUCCUCUAUGGGCGACCUGCAGUGCUGUUUCGGACGAGAUAUGAUAUUUUAUAUCACACUGACUUUGAAAGUGGUUAUAGUGAAAUAUUCCUAAUGCCGCUCUGGACAUCAUAUACUGUUUCCAAACAGGCCGAGGUCUCUGCUAUUCCUGAGCAUCUGACCAGUUGUGUCCGGCCUGAUGUCCGUGUUUCUCCAAGUUUCAGUCAGAACUGUUUGGCCUACAAAAAUGACAAGCAGAUGUCCUAUGGAUUCCUCUUUCCUCCUUAUCUGAGCUCUUCACCAGAGGCUAAAUAUGAUGCAUUCCUUGUAACCAAUAUGGUUCCAAUGUAUCCUGCUUUCAAACGGGUCUGGAAUUAUUUCCAAAGGGUAUUGGUGAAGAAAUAUGCUUCAGAAAGAAAUGGAGUUAACGUGAUAAGUGGACCAAUCUUUGACUAUGACUACGAUGGCUUACGUGACACAGAGGACAAAAUCAAACAGUACGUGGAAGGCAGUUCCAUUCCUGUUCCAACUCACUACUACAGCAUCAUCACCAGCUGUCUGGAUUUCACUCAGCCUGCCGACAAGUGUGACGGCCCUCUCUCUGUGUCCUCCUUCAUCUUGCCUCACCGGCCUGACAACGAUGAGAGCUGCAAUAACUCAGAGGAUGAGUCGAAAUGGGUAGAAGAACUCAUGAAGAUGCACACAGCUCGGGUGCGUGACAUCGAACAUCUUACCAGCCUGGACUUCUUCCGAAAGACCAGCCGCAGCUACCCAGAAAUUCUGGCACUCAAGACAUACCUGCAUACAUAUGAGAGCGAGAUUUAACUGUCUGAGCAUCUGCAGUACAGUCUUAUCAACUGGUUGUAUAUUUUUAUAUUGUUUUUGUAUUUAUUAAUUUGAAACCAGGACAUUAAAAAUGUUAGUAUUUUAAUCCUGUACCAAAUCUGACAUAUUAUGCCUGAAUGACUCCACUGUUUUUCUCUAAUGCUUGAUUUAGGUAGCCUUGUGUUCUGAGUAGAGCUUGUAAUAAAUACUGCAGCUUGAGUUUUUAGUGGAAGCUUCUAAAUGGUGCUGCAGAUUUAAUAUUUGCAUUGAGGAAAUAUUAAUUUUCCAAUGCACAGUUGCCACAUUUAGUCCUGUACUGUAUGGAAACACUGAUUUUGUAAAGUUGCCUUUAUUUGCUGUUAACUGUUAACUAUGACAGAUAUAUUUAAGCCUUAUAAACCAAUCUUAAAUAAAAUAAAUCAGACAUUCA